AUCUCGGAUUUGAGUAACCUGUUUGAACUCAAAACCUAAACCCUAAAUGCUUGUGGGUUAGUCUGUCAUUGCUGGUUUUUGAUUGGCUUUGUAGAUUAUGGCUUCAGAAAGCGCUUCUCGAUCGAGCUCAGCGGCCGAUUCCUACAUUGGCAGCUUGAUUAGCUUGACCUCUAAGAGUGAAAUCAGAUAUGAAGGGAUUCUGUACAAUAUCAAUACCGAGGAGUCCAGUAUCGGCCUCAGGAAUGUACGAUCUUUUGGAACUGAAGGAAGAAAAAAGGAUGGGCCACAAAUUCCUCCUGUUGACAAGGUUUAUGAGUACAUACUGUUCCGUGGGAGUGACAUCAAGGAUUUACAGGUUAAAUCCUCUCCACCUGUCCAGCCUACUCCCUCAAUAAACAAUGAUCCGGCUAUUAUCCAGUCUCAAUAUCCCCGUCCUGCUACUACAUCUACGAGCUUUCCUUCUGCUGCAAGUGGGCCUUUGACUGAUCUUAGUUCCCAUACCACACAGCUUGGGCUGCCUGGGUCAAAUUUCCAAGGGCCCCUGCCUUUGUAUCAACCUGAUGGGAACAUAGGGUCAUGGGGGGCUCCGCCACCGGCCCCAAGUGCAAAUGGUGGCGGGCUUGCUAUGCCAAUGUAUUGGCAAGGAUAUUAUGGCGCCCCAAAUGGGCUCCCUCAUAUACACCAGCAAUCUUUACUUAGACCACCACCUGGCUUAUCAUUGCCUUCAUCUAUGCAGCAGCCAAUGCAGUAUCCUAACUUUAAUCCCUCCUUACCCUCUGGGACUUCAAAUAUGCCAGAACUCCAACCAUCAUUGCUACCUGCCAGUUCUAUUUCUCCCAGUGUAACAUCUAUUUCCUUACCACCAUUAAAUCUUCCAUCAACUUUGCCUCCUGCACCCUCUGUUUCAUUAGCUUCUGAAACAUUACCAGGAUCAAUACCAAGCAAAACACCAACUGUACUGCUUCCAGCGUCUGCAUUAGCCUCUAACUUACCAUCACUGGCUCCUGUGACCACAUCUAGUCCAGAUAUAAAUGCUGUAGUGCCACCAAUCUCCAGCAAAUCUAAUGCAAUUUCUUCUUCAAGUUUGCCAUAUCAAACUGCAUCUCAAUUUGCACCAGCAGUUGUUGGGUUAUUAAAUACCACACGUACAGAAACACCUGUCCCUUUGGUAACUCCAGGUCAAUUGUUGCAGAAUGGGCCAACAUUAGUUUCUUCAUCUCAACCUGCGCAAACAUCCCAUAAGGAUGUUGAAGUGGUUCAGGUAUCAUCAACAUCAUCUCAAGAGCUGUCUUUGCCAGUUUCUUCUGAGACAAAACCCCCAAUACUGCCACUGCCAACAACUUCACGGGCCAAUCACAAGCCAAGUGGAGCUCCCAUUCAGACACAUCAUAGUUAUGGUUACAGAGGAGGACGUGGAAGAGGAAGAGCCAUGGGGGGUUCACGCCCAGUCGCAGAGUUCACUGAAGAUUUUGAUUUCAUGGCAAUGAAUGAGAAAUUUAAUAAGGAUGAAGUAUGGGGUCAUCUUGGUAAAAGCAGCAAGUCUCACUCAAAAGAGAAAGAUGCUGAGGAAAAUGUCAGUGAUGAAGAUGGUAUUCAUGACGAUGACUACGGUGAAUUAUCAAAAUUUGAGAUCAAGCCUGUUUAUCAUAAGGAUGAUUUUUUUGACUCACUCUCAAGCAGUGCGCUUGAUCACGAUCCGCAAAAUGGAAGGAGGCCAAGGUAUCCUGAACAAAUUAAGAUUGACACUGAGACAUUUGGUGAUUUUGUGAGGUAUCGUGGUGGUCGAGGACGAGGUCCUUGGCGUGGAGGUGGUGGUGGUCGUUAUCGAGGUGGUUAUUAUGGAAGGGGUUAUGGCUAUAUGGGAAGGGGAAGAGGACGCGGCAUGUCGAGUCGCCCUUAGUUGGCAGUGAAGAUUCAAGUUUAUAUCAUCAUGAGCAAUGAGAGCCAAGACCUGGCUAAAGUAGCAUAAUAGCAUCUCAAGUCACUAUUUGUAUUCUCUGUUUAGCUUGUCUUCACUAUAAAGGUGACACUUUCCCAAUUCGUCAUGAUAUCUUCUUUUGUUGCCCAUAACCGAAAGCACCUGGUUUUUGGGGGAAGGAUAAUCUUUACCCCAUCUUUAUUUAGAAGGCGAGGUUUAGAGUCUAGAGCAGUUUGAUUUGCCACCUUUAAGGAGUCUAGCAGUCUGUUUCAGAUAUGCUUAUUUUCAUACCGUAUGCAUUGUAAAUGCGAGUGGCACUUGAUUCUUAGUAUCAUUUGUAGAUUGGGCAUAUUUUAUGUGUAAUUUUAUGGAGGAUUCGACGUUUUUAGAUUUUA